AUGGACACCACUGCCAAACUGAUCAGAGACGAGACAAGUAAAAAGGUUGAUGUAACAUUGUAUAGAAGUGUAAUAGGCAGAUUACUUUACAUUACUGCAAGUCGUCCUGAUAUUUGUUUCAGUGUUGGGGUUUGUGCUAGAUAUCAAUCAGUCCCCACUGAAUUGCAUCUUACUUCUAUGAAAAGAAUUCUAAAAUACCUAGCUGGUGCCUUUAACUUUUGCCUUUGGUACUCUUGUGAUACUAAUCUUUUCUUGGUUGGUUUUAGUGACUCUAAUUGGGCAAGCAACAUUGAUGAUAGUAAAAGCACUUCAGGUGGCUAUUUUUAUGUGGGAACAACCUCAUUUCUUUGCACAGUAAAAUGCAAAACUCCAUCUCGCUUUCCACUGCUGAAGCGGAGUACAUUGAUGGAGGAAGUUGUUGCACUCAAAUUCUUUGGAUGA